AAACCAGAGACUUCUAACAUCAGCAGUUCAUUUCAGUUUUGACUUCAAACCUCAAAGGACAAGUCUUGUAGUGAAUUUUGGAUAACUAUUUAGUAUUUGAUGCUGAAUGGCGACAAUGUUGAACAACAGCAGUGUUCUUGGGGAAGCCACAACACCCAGCACAACAACAUAUGAUUACUCUGAUUAUGUUGAACCAUGUGAUUAUGGAACCCAUGCAAGCCAUUUUCUCCCAGUGCUCUACUCCCUGUUCUUCAUUGUGGGCUUCCUGGGAAACAUGCUGGUGUUGUGGGUGAUCCUGAGGGGCGCUCAUUUGAAAAGCAUGACUGAUGUGUCUCUCCUGAACCUGGCCAUUGCUGACCUUCUACUAAUCUUCUCUCUCCCCUUCCUGGCUCACUAUGCCAGAGAUACCUGGGUUUUUGGCAGUUUCAUGUGCACUCUGGUCCUCGGUGUGUACUACACUGGAUUUUAUGCCAGCCUUUUCUUUAUUGUGCUGAUGAGCGUCGACAGAUACUUGGCUAUCGUCCAUGCUGUGUUUGCCUUGAGAAUCCGAACAAAGGCUCAUGGAAUUUUAGCUAGUGUGGUCAUCUGGGUUAUUGCUAUUGCAGCAUCAUUUCCUGAGCUACUGUAUCUUGGAGUCAAAGCGAAUGAGACUGAAGUAGUUUGCAGUGCUUAUCCAAAAGAUCAAGAAAGUCACAAUGAUGUGAGAAGUGCAGCUUUCAUUAAAAUGAAUGUUUUGGGCCUGCUAAUUCCACUGACUAUUGUGGGAUUUUGCUACUCGAUGGUGCUCCGGAGGCUUCGGAGCCUUCGUAAUUCCAAGAAAUUGGCCAUUCGUCUCGUUGCUGUAGUCAUGGUGGUCUUCUUCUGCUGUUGGAUACCAUACAACAUUGCAGCAUUCCUCAAAGCACUGGAACUGAAGCGCAUCCUGACUCCAAAGUGUGAGCUCAGCAAAAGGAUCCGGCUGAUGCUGCAAGUCACUGAAGCCGUGGCAUACUCGCACACCUGCCUCAAUCCAUUCCUCUAUGUGUUUGUAGGUGAAAAGUUCAGGAAGCACCUCGCCAGGCUCCUGCUCCAGACACCAUGCAUCCAUGUGCAGUGUAUGAAGAGCUACAUCACCCAGGCCGCAGCCUCUGUGUAUUCGCAGACCACAAGUGUGGAAGAACGUUCAGUUGGCGUCUGAAUGAAGGAAGAUGAGAUCUUUUUUUUUUUUAACAACUCAGCAUAUGUAUAAAUGGCUUUCAUUUUGUACUAUAUGUACUAUUGAAAAUGAUAUUUUUUUUGCAUGUGUUAUAUAUCCCUGGUUUUAGUUAAAGAUUACCAUAACAUUACCAAAACAUUUUCUAAUGUUUUGUACCGCUCUCAGAGUGGUAGCUUUAAUAUGUUUCUUGCACCUGGAAAUGCACGUAUAGUGUAGCUUUAAAAAAGAUUUAUAGUACAUAAUUGGACUGUAAUUAUGCCUGGAUUAUGCUUGCUUUUACUCAUAUGCAAAAUAGCUGUCACAUGGUUGUUUGGAGCAUUACAGUACACCCCGACAGAUUUCUCAGAAAAACAUCCAUCUCGCUUUUAAAUUAAUACUUUCUAUGGGAUCCUAUACAAUGAAAUAUUUGUGCAAAUCUAGUUUAUUGGUUUUAAAUUAGAUUAGUCAGUACCAAAGGCAAAAUUGGAACUAUUCUAACAAAAUAAUUUAAGAUCAUGGUGCAAAAAUGAGUACAACCCAGUGAAUGUGUUAGGAGAAAACAUAAAAUAAAAUUGUAAUUAACAGGAAUUCACCACGAGAUGAGUCUAAUCAAUCAUCACAAAGGUGGCCACAGGAUAAUUGACAAUUAAGAGUGGUAUUUAAGAGAGAAAAUCCACUCCCAUAUAAUGCUGAUAAAAUGGCACCACAUGGAAAAGAAAUCUCACAAGCGCUGAGACAGAAAAUAAUUUCUUUGCACAAAAAAGGUCAAGGUUAUAAGAAAAUUAGUAAAGCAUUGCUAAUAAGUUUGAAUACUGUCGCAAAAAUUCAAAAGGAUGGACUUGUGGCAUGCUCACUUAGACAUCCAGGCCAUCCACAUAAGUUAACACCUUGUCAAGAGCGUUUUGUGAUGAGAGAAGUUGAAGAACAUCACCAUGCAAGUUCAACACAGUUGACUAAGUCAUUGGAAAGUCAAACUGGGGUGAGUGUUUCCCAUGACACCAUACAACGUACACUGCAGAGGAGUGGCAUGCAUGGCUGUCAUCCAUGAAGGAAGCCACUGCUGAAUCCCAUGCACAGAAAAGCCCAUCUAGAAUUUGCCAGGGCUCAUGUUGACAAAGGCGAAGACUAUUGGGACUCUAUACUUUGGAGUGAUGAGACAAAGAUUAAUGUUUUUGGCUCUGACAGGUUCUAAACUGUAUGGCGUCGCAAAGGUAAGGAGUACAAUGAAAAAUGCAUGGUACCAACAGUAAAGCAUGGUGUUCUUGUGUGGGGUUGCAUGAGUGCUGCAGGUGCCAAGCAUGUCAUCAUUUCACCAGACCUCAACCCAAUAGAACACUUGUGGGGAGUUCUGAAAAGACAAGUUGAAUGUCAUUCUCCAUCCGGCACCCAGGAUCUUAAAAGAGUUCAUUCUUCAAGAAUGGAGAAAGAUAGAUGUAGCUGUAUGUCGUGAACUUGUUCACUCAAUGUCUAGAAGAAUUGGUGCUGUUAUUAGAUUUAGUUGAAUUUGUUGUAGGGUGUAAUCAUUUUUGCAACACCUCAUUUGAAUUAAAUGUAUUAUUUUUCUUAUCUUAAAGAUGUUAGGUGACCACACUCUUGUGUUAAUAAAAAUAAAUGUUUAAUAAAACUGUUUCGUAAAAGUGCAGCAAAUUUGUCUCAUAUUCACUGAGAAAUGGAUAAAAAUCUUAAUUUUCAAAGGGAGUGUACUAUUAUAUACACUAUAUGGCCAAAUGUAUGUGGACACCUGACCAUCACACCCAUAUGUGGUUAUUCCCCAAACUGUUGCCACAAAGUUGGAAGCACACAGUUGUAUAGGAUGUCUUUGUACGCUGUAGCAUUACAAUAUCCCUUCACUGGAACACUGUUCCAUCAUGACAAUACCCCUGUGCACAGAACUUGAGUUGUCUGCACAGAACCCUGACCUCAACACCACUGAACACCUUUGGGAUGAACUGGACUGCAUCCCAAGCCUUUUUGCCCAAAAUUGGUGCCUGACCUCACUAAUGCUCUGGUAGAUUAAUGCCAAAUCCCCACAGCCACACUCCAAAAUCUAGCGGAAAGCCUUCGCAGAAGAGUGGAGGCUAUUAUAACAGCAAAGGGGGGAAUAGAAUGUUCAACAAUCACAUAUGGUAUGGUGUCCACAUACUUUUGGCCAUAUAGUGUAUAUUGGUCAGUUUUGACCCACAACAUAAGUUGAAUUAAUUCAUUUAUUUAUUCAUGAAUUUUUUUCAUAAUGUGAACGCACAAUUACAAAUAAAAUAUCCCUGAAAUACGCGUGCUAGAAAGAGAUAAUCAAAUAGAAUAUAUGGCUCCUACAUACAUAAUAGCAAAUGAAAGCCCAAAUGCUGUAAAAUGUGUGUUUUGUUAUGAAAAUUAAUGUAAUGUAAGGUAAUAAGGUUAGCAUGGACAGUAAAAUACAGUAAAAUACAUUAAUCUCUAAGGAUGUGUAGCCGGUAAGUAGGGUCAAACGAAAUUGUACAGUAAAAUGUUUUAGGACUGUUUUGAGGUGAUAUAGGGACAAAAUUGACCUGCAAACAUCAAUAAUGUAACUGAUUUGUGACCAUACUAGGAGGGUUAAAAAGCAUUAAAAAGAGAGCUUAUCUUAUCAUGGCAUGAUGUAGAUUUUACCUCUUACUGUAGCUGAUCUGACAUACUCAAUAUCCCUGUGAUCUGUGAGAAUUAGGAACAAGUGUUUUCCCCCUUCCCAGCCAAGGUAGCCAUUCCUCAAGUGCAGCUUUUGGCUUCAGUCAUCGUAACUGUGUUCACCUGGGGUUAACUU